AUGAGUGAGUCAGUUAGAAGUCGGACAACUGAGGCAACUACCACGGACGAGAAUGCCAACCAGAAACGUAUGCGCGCGAAGACGAUUGCAGGCGCUACUUUCAUAGGAGAGCGCAAGGCGCUUGGUGAGGUAAAGUCUAACAACAGCUGGCCCGCAGAGGCAAGCGCCUCUGGCGCAGUUUCCCAUAAGCCGGUAAUGACGGUACGAUCUACAUCUAAGAAGAGACACAUCUACAGAGACAGCGAGGACGAGGACGGUGGUAACGACGACAACACUCACAGUGACAACUCCUCACAUAAUGCGGAAGUGCGUACUCCCAACUCAAAGCGUGCCCGGCAUUCAUCCGAUGAGCCCCUAUCUUUGCCUUGGCGCGACCUCGACAAGGACGAGCAAAAUGAUGUCAGCAUGGUUACCGACUAUACCGACGAGAUCUUCACUCAUUUGUAUGAGCGUGAGCGCGAAACUACAGCCACAUACAAUUAUCUUUACGCUACGGACUCCCCACAAUACCUACGGCCUUCACUUCGAGCAAUUCUAGUCGAUUGGUUGGUAGAGGUCCAUCAAAAAUUCCAGCUGCUACCUGAAACGCUUUAUUUGGCUAUUAAUCUCAUGGACCGUUUCAUGUCGUUGAGAAAAGUUUCAAUGGCAAAACUGCAGCUGCUUGCCGUCUGCAGCCUACUGAUUGCGGCAAAAUUCGAAGAAGUUAACCUCCCUAAACUAUCGCAGUAUGCCUACAUUACCGACGGUGCCUGCACUUCUCAAGACAUUAAAGAUGCAGAGACUUAUAUGCUUACCACUUUGCAGUUUAAUAUUGGCUGGCCCAACCCUCUCAAUUUUUUGAGAAGAGUCUCCAAAGCAGAUGACUACGAUUUCGAAACAAGAAGUACCGCUAAAUUUUUCCUCGAGUAUUCUAUGUGUUGUCCCAAGUUUGUUCAUGUGUUGUCCUCCCAUUUAAGUGCCAUGGCAAUAUAUUGUGCAAGACAGUCAUUCGAGAAGGAUCCUAAAUGGGACGCGACUUUUAAGCAUUAUAGUGGUUCUGUUGACGCAAUGAACGAUGAUACCUUCCAAGAAAACUGUCGUGAAUUAAUUCGUGAAGUAGCGAAGCCAUCUACGCAAUUAAAAGCCCUAGAACAAAAAUACCGUAGCAAAGAGAUGAAUGGUGUCUUUGAACCCGCUAAACUCUGGUGUAAAUUGAUGGUGGUCACCAAUUAUUAUAAUCUUUUCUAG